AUGCCGGAGGACCGACUCACCAGGUUGGAAAACCAGGUCCAACAGCUAACUGAGUUGUUGAUUGGUUAUCUACACCAGGCUGAACAACAUCGUUCGCAUGUGCCCUCUCAGCGAGCGGAGCAUCAAUCACCUCCUCCUGCUCGAGAGCCUCGUCAAUCCCGCCAGACGGGCCAAGAAAUCCACUCCUCCGAGGCGGCAGGAUCCACUUCUGCCCCCUCGCGAGAAAGAGGGACUUCGCAGGAGAGCUGGGAAGAGCUGAAGACUUGUUUCCUAGCCCAUUACGCUCCCUUAAAGCGCCACCGGAAGUCUUUCAUGGCUCUGGUGAACAUCAAGCAAAAUCAGGGUGAAUCCCUAAGGGAUUUCGUGGCUAGGUUCAAUGAGGAGGCGUUGAGCAUUGACGAGUUUGAUCAACGGAUCGCCAUGGUGGCUCUCCAGAAUGGCUUGAGGGCUGGACCAUUCGCUCAGUCCUUGGCUAAGACUCCACCUCGUACUUUCACAGAAGCCCUUACACGGGCUAAUAAGUACAUCAAUGCGGAAGAGGUGAUGAAGGUGAAGAGGGCUGAACAGCCUGAUAAGAAGGAAAGAGAGAAGGAGAAGAAAAAGCCGAUGGUGGAACAGAAGACGGACUACCCCCCCUCCCGAGCUCCAGAUCGCUCGGGUUUUGGGGGUGCAUGGGGAAGCCCGGUGAGUUACACUCCCCUCAACGCCAGUCGAGCAGAGAUUUUACUAGCAUUAGAGGAUAAGGAUUAUCUGCGGCGUCCUCCACCGUUGAGGUCUCCACCCAACACUCGAAGUAAAAAGAAAUAUUGUCGUUUUCAUCGCGACCAUGGUCAUGUUACAGAGGACUGCAUCCAGUUAAAAGAAGAGAUUCAGGAGCUUAUCAACCGGGGUUACCUCCAAGAUUUCGUUGACCAAGAAGGCAUGAGUUCGGGUAGAGUUGAGUCCAAGUCAGAUAAUAGGAGGUCUCCCACUCGGGAUCGCUUCUGA